AUGGCGCUGGAGGUGGCGGAGGUGGAGCGCCUGCCAGUGCCGCAGCCGCGCUACAGCCCCGGAGCCGGCGGAGGCGGCGGCGGAGUUUACGAUGGCGUAGGCGGCGGCGGCGGUGCGGCGGCGUUGGUUCAGCAAUUUGGCGAUCGAUUGGCUGCCCUGGAGGCCCGUGCGGCGAUGGCUGAGCAGCGGGGGGUGUCGGCUGAGCAGCGGGCCAUGGCGCUGGAGAACGUGACCAAGGAGGUGAGCCGAGCUUACGACAUUCAGAACCAGCGGUUGACGGCGGUUAGUGGCGAACUGGCGCGUGCGGCUUCGGAACUGAACGACCUGAGGCUGCGUCAGGAGGGCGCACAUGCCUCCUCCGCAGCGGCGUCUCAACAGCUGAUGUCCCUCAGCUCCGAAGUCCGCAACCAGGAGUCCCGGCUGGUGGCGGCCCAGGCGGCACUUCAAGAGGCUACCAGGGUGGGGGCGGAGCUCAGAGGGCAGGUGGCGAUGCUCGGUGAGGAGCUGGCUCGCGCCAAUGCGGAUCGAGCUGCGGCCCAGGCGGCCAUUGAGCGGCUUAGCCGGGCGGUGGCUGAGGGGCAGGCGGUCAGCGCCAUGGAGGCGAGGAGGCAGCUAGAUGAGCAGGGUGCGGCAUUUCGAGCGGAGCUUGUUCGUCGGCAGGCGGCACACGUUGAGACUAUGUCCGCUCUCAACCGCGAGGUGGAGAGCUACCGAGCCGAGGCUGCGGCUGCGGGGCAGGCGCUGCACCUGGCAGUGGACAGGUUGAACUCCAGGAUUCAAACUGAGGAGGCGGCUCUGGACCGGCUCCGCUCCGAAACCGCUGCCGCUGCUGCCGGCGAGGCUGCCGUCAUUGGCAACCUCCGGGGCCAGAACAUGAACCAGCAGUUGGUCGCUGAGCAGGCCCUCCGCCGCCAAGACAACGCAGCUCUGGAUGUCAACAUGAAGGCCAUGGAGGGGGCACUGCUGCAGGCGCAAGACCAGGUUGUUCGCCGUACAGUUGCGCUGUUGGAGGGCAAGGCAGGUCAGUUGAUGCGCAUGUUGGCUGACGUGGAUGGAGCUGCACAAAUACGUGACGAGGAGGCCCGGGCGCAGGGGGAGCAGCAGCUGGGAGCGUUUGUGAAGGCCGCCGCGCGGAAGGAGAAAGUGGGGCUGGAGCGGAUGAUGGUGCUGGAGGGCGCGUUGCGCGAUAUCGCCACCGCCAGCUCAGCUAGCUUGGAGGCCCUGCAGCAGCGGUUAGAUCAGGGACUGGCGCAGGUCGCUGCCGCAGUUGACGCGGCCCGAGCCGGCACUGAGGACCGGGAGGCGGCUCUGCGUACGCAGAUAAACGGGGCCCUGCAGAAGAUACGUGCGUACGCCAGGGACAUGGAGGAAUCUCUGGAGCAGGAGCGCAUCAAGUUGGAGGAGGUGGUCAAACUCGAGAUUCGCGCCCGGCAGCAAUCCACGGAGGCGGUCAAGGAGGCGCUGGAGGGGAGUGUGGUCAAGCUGGCCGACCGUGUGGCCUCCCUGGAGAGCUGGCAGAAGCGUGUGGGGGGACUGAAUGACGAGGCCAUCAAAGGAUAUGAGGAUUUCAAGAAGGACAUGAAGCGCUUCCAGGACGAGACCCUGGACGACCUGGGCACCCUGCGCACCUCAGUCGCGUCACAGGCUCGCGAGCUGUCCUCCCUGCAGUCCGCCGCCGCCACGGCGGACCGAGACCUGGCCGCCGCCAAGGCUGAUCUGGCCACCCACAGCUCUGACCUGGGGUCGCAUACGCUGCUGCUGGAGGGGCUUCGGAGCGGGGUGGCGGCGCUGGGAACCGAUCUGGGGGCGUUGAGACAGCAGACAUCCACGGAUCUGAGCUCCCUGCGUUCCGAGCUGCAGCAGGAAGUCAGUGAGCGCAGGAGGGCGGUGGGAGACCUGAAACAUUGGUUCGACCAAAACCAGGUCGAUGCCAAGCUGUCCGAGGAGGCCAUCAAGUUGGAGUUGGACUCGCUGAACAAAUCCACUGACAGGAGGUUCGAGGCGGUGGAAGCGGAGGCGGAGAGAGUACGGCAGCGGAUGGCCAAGGAGCGGAAGGACUUUGAGGCGUUGGAGGGCCUUGUGCAGGUCCACAGCGAUGUGUUUGUCGAUGUACAACACAAGCUAACCUCCCUGGACCAGAGAGCCAAAACAACUGAGGCCAAUUUAAGCAACGCGGUGGAGGACAUCCACGAGCGCCUGGAGGCGGCCGCGAAGAGCGCCGCUAAGGACGCAGCUGACCACAAGGCCGCCCUGGCCGCGCUCUCAGCCGCAGUGGACGAGCGCCUCACGGCAGCUGCGGAGGCAGCGGAGGCAGCCCGGAAGGAGCUCGAAGAGCAAAUGGAAAGAAACCAACGUGUGCUGGAGGAAGUCAUGGCGCAGUACCAAGAGGAGACGCAAUCGGCGCUGAACGACCAGACCGUCCGGCUGGAGGAGCUGCAGAGGAUGCUGGAGGACGAGAUCGCUACGUUGGACGAGCAUAUCGAGUCCAAGGUCAAGGCAGUUGACGAGAAGCUGACGUCAGCGUUGGAGGUACGGGCGACGGCCGAAAGGGAGGACGCGGUAGUUCGUGAACGCAAAGUUGCGGAUGACGCGGCGGCGGCGUUGGAAGCGCGCGUGAAGGCGGAAAGGGAGGCGGCGGAGCAGCGGGAAGCGCAAAUUGCAGAGGCGGCGGCGGCGGCCCUGAAUGCACGGGCAAACGCAGAGAGGGAUGAGGCAGAGAAAAGGGAAGCGAAGAUUGCAGAAGAUGCAGCGGCGGCGUUGGAAGCGCGGGCGGCAGCGGAAAGGGUGGCGGCAGAACAGCGGGAAGCGGCCUUGGCAGCGGCGGCGGCAGCAGCCCUGGAAGAGCGGGCGGCGGCGGAGAGGGCGGCGGCGGAGCAGCGGGAAGCUAAGGUUGCAGAGGCGGCGGCGGCGGCGCUGGAGGCUCGGUCGGCAGCGGAGAGGGUAGCGGCGGAGCAGCGGGAAGCGAAGAUUGCAGAAGAUGCGGCAGCAGCCCUGGAAGAGCGGGCGACAGCGGAACGGGGAGAUGCGUCGAAGCGUGAAGCCGCAAUAGCAGACCAGAUGACAGAGUUUAAGAAGGAGACCAACGAGGCCAUCAGCACCGCCUCCGCCGCGUCCUCUGCUGCACUUGCCGCCCUGGCCACGGAGCUUGCCACUAGGACGCAGGACCUGGGCAAGGAGAUCUCGAGCGUCAAGGAGGAGGCGGAAGGCGCUGCUGCCGAAUUGGAGGCCAAGGUGGGCGAGGCGCUCAAAGACAUGGAGGACGAGAUGGACAACACACGCAAACGAAUCGAGUCUGCAUUUGUGGCGCUGGGCGCGGAAGUACGGCAGAACUUAGAGUCCCAGAAAACGGAAGUCAAGGCCGCACUGGACGCUCAGCACGCCGACGUAGCGGCGGCAUUGGACGCGCAGCAGCAGGAUGUGCGGGAGACGGUGGCUGCGCAGAAGAAAGCGCUGGACGAGGCGAUCACGGAGCAGAAGGAGGUGUUGGAGACGGUGACGAAGGAGCAGCGGGAUGCGUUGGAGGCGGGGACACAGAAGAUGCGGAAGGAGCUUGAAGAGUCCCUGGAGAACGAGAUUGACGCAGCGCUGGAGGAGCAGCGGGCGGAUGUCGAUAAGGCGCGCGCGGAAAUCCGGGAUGCCCGUAGCGAGAUGGAUGCUGCGCGGCAGGAGCUGGGAGAUACGGUGGCAAUAACAAAGGACGAGUUCGAGCGGGCCAUACAGACGCAAAAAUCCGACAUGAAAACCGCCAUCGAGGAGCUGGUGGUGGCUAUCGAUCAGGAAAAGGCCUCCUUAGCUGACUUCCAAGCCAAGCAGAAAGCCGAACUCGAGGUGGUAAUUUCGGAGCAGAAGGCCGAGUUGAAGGGCAUCAUCAGCGAGGCUCAGGAGCAGAUUGAGACAUCCCGCCGAGAGGUGGCCUCCAUGCACGCAGCCCAGCAGGCAUCCGUCGUGGUGCAGCAGGCGGCACUGGCGGCUUCCGUUCAGAAGCAGCAGGAGGCGCUGGAGACGCACAAAGACGAGAUCGAGGAGGCGUUUGAGGAGGCUAUGGCGCAAAUGCAGGAGGAUGUCGCGGCCCGUAUCGAAAAAGAGUUGGCCGAGCAUAAGGCCGUACAGGAGCUCCGUACGGAAUUACGGCAGCGGUUGGUUGAGGUGGACAGCAUGGUGGCUGCGGACCGCAAAGAGGCUGAGAGGCGGAUGGGGGCCAUUGAGGCGAGCUUAGAGGACGUCAAGUCGGGCGAUGAGCAGGCGCGGGAGGAGUUAAAACGGCAGGUUGAAGAGCACAACAAACUGCUGGAGAAGCACGUUCGGGAGCUGGAAGAGCAUGCUAAAGCUCUAGACGAGCAUGUACGAGCAUUGGACGAGCAGGCCGACGCGUUGGACGAGCACGACAAGGCGGCUGAAGCAGCAACCAAGGCUCGGGAGGAGGUGGAUAAGCAGUUGGCCGAGACGAAAGGGCGGUUGGACGAGAUUGGAAAGCGGUUGGAGAGCGAUCUGGUCGAGAAGCAGUUGGCCGAGUUACGGGGACGGUUGGACGAGAUUGGAAAGCGGUUGGAGAGCGAUCUGGCAGAGAAGCAGUUGGCCGAGUUACGAGGACGGUUGGACGAGAUUGGAAAGCGGUUGGACGGCGACCAGACGGAGGUCCUCAAGCGGGACGUGGAGAGCCUCCGCGGUGAUGUACGGACGUUCCGACGUGACGUGGACGCCGUCAAGGGUGACGUGGACACCGUACGCGAUCGGUUGGACGAUCUGUACGACAGGGUGGACACUCAUAGUGGGCAAGUGGACGACAUGCUGGCCAAGCAGGAGGCCCUGCUCAAAGAGAUGGACGAGCUGCGCAAGGACCGGGAAGAGGAUGACGUGGUCAUGUCGUACGAGCUGGAUGAGCGGCUGCAGGAGGAGCGUGCUGAGACCGGCAAGCAGCUAGAUGCCAUGAAGGCGCAGGUGCUGUCCAAGGAGAUUGAGGCGGGAGAGGCGGCCCUGAAGAAGGCGGCUCGAGAUGAGGCAGUGGCGGAUCUGGAAAAGAAGAUGCACAUGGCGCUGGACGUCUCCCUGGACCGCAUUCGCGGGGAGCUGGCGGAGGACAUCAAGCCCCUGCAGCAGGAUGUGGAGAGACUCAAAGCGCCACGACGACCUGACAUGAGCUGCUGUUUGCUCGUUGUUGUGUUGUUGGUCCCGUGUGUUUGUUGGGCCGUCGGCGACAUUUAGAUGUACGAUUUAUACGACAGUCAUGCGUCACGUGUUCACACGUGUGUGUGUGUGUGUGUGUGUGUAUGCGGUGCGUGCCUGCGCACGUGCCGCAUGGCGCCAACAUCGAUUGACCAACAACAACACCAAAACAUGUUUAUGAAUGUAUGUAUGUGAUCAACGUGCAAAUAUGUAUGCCUGUAUGUCUGUGCCUAUGUCUGUAUCUCUUGACUGUUAUAAAGGUAAUACUCCCUAACAUGAAACCGGCUAUAGCCCCUUUGAGUGACCGAUAUGCCGUACUGCAGCUGUCGCCGCGCGCGCCAAGGUGUUACGACGUGUUUUUCUUGCCGUGCAGUACGGCAAGGACACUAUUUUGUUUUAUGCAUGCGUGCUUUAUUGCUAUUCUGGAAGAUGGACGGAAAAGGGUGGACCGAGUCGGUUGGCGUAGUUGUUAAACACAGGGUACUUGUACGAGCUUGGACUGAAUGCCGUACUUCUGCGCAAAAUGAUGUUCGAGCAUGACGAAUAACUCAAUGGUGCAAGUUGCCGUCCAAGGGAUAUUCCCCCCUCUGUAAUCAGCUGCGGGCGUAUAUGCUCGGGUAGAUAUUUUGGCGAAGAGCGUACGGAUGUCGUACCUUUUCCGCGUUGAUGCAUGUCGUGCCUUUUCCGUGUUGAUGAGUGUCGUACCUCCUUUGUGUCUGCGGAUGCGGGUGAGUAUGACGGAGUGAGUGGGCAUGGAUGCAGUGCUUGUGUGCGUGCGUACACUCCCUUGUUCGCGCAUGCGGCGGUCAACAUCGCUCGGGUGC